AUGGAUUUUAUUGUUGAGAAUGAAGAAUCCUUACAAGUUGGUUUGAAACCAGCUGACGAUACUGACACUACUGUAAGUGAUAAUAAUGAUAAGUCGUCUGGAAUUAUUAUAAAAAAAGAUGAGAAAACUGAGCAUGCUUUUAAUCAACUGGAGGACACUGUUGCUAAAACAUAUGAGAAAACUUCUGAAGUACUUGGACAGUAUCUUCAAGAAGAUGAAGAAGGUAUACACAUUACACUCCCAGAUUUUAAUACUGAUGUUACGGACAAAGCUCAAGAGUAUUUAAAGUCUUUAGAUAGUAACCUUCAAAAUGCUGAAGAAGUUGCUUCAAAUUAUUGGAAGAAGGUGUCAUCCAAUAAUUUUUGGUCAUCAAUGUCAAAUUCCUUGUCAUCGCAGUUAGAUAAAGUUGUAAAAAUUAAGGAUGAUGUCGUAAGGAAUACAAUGAAAUCCGAUAAUAAUACGAGUAAAAAUACUUCUUCGUUAUUGCAUGUUGCUGGUAAUAGAACUGAAGCUGAAUUAAGGGAGUUAUCCAAUAAUGAAAAGUUAUACACUGACAAUAAAUUAGAAUUAGAAGAGAGUUUUAAUGUUGAUCAAAAGACUGAUGAAAUUUCAAAAUUAUUAGAAACUGAUAAAGAUAUAGCCAAAUUGAUGAAUAAACUUGUUCCUACUGACGUUACAUAUAAAGAUUUUUGGAACAUAUAUUUUGUAAAUAAACAACAAAUCAAAGAAAGAGAAGAUAGAAGAAAAAAAUUACUUGAAGCUGAAAAGAAAUAUGAAGAAGAACAUGAUGACGUUGGUGGUUGGGAUGAUGAUGAGGAUGAUGAAGAGGAUAAUGAGUUAGAAGAGAAACCAGUUAUCAUCGAAAAGGAAGAUGCCGUUGAACCAACUAUAGAAAUCAGUACCCCUGCGAUUGAAGAAAUAGACCAUAAGAAGGCAGUAGAAACGAAUUCUAAUGUUAAUGAAGUGUUACCAAACAUUGAUAAUGGAACUUCCGAUAAGGCUGAGAGAGAAACUAAGACUCAAGAAAAAAAUAUUGAAGCAACUGUCAAACACCAAGAUGAAGACGAAGAUGAAAACGAAGAUAAUGAUUGGGAAUAA